UUUACCGUAUGAAUGGGACUUUUAUUUUGGUGUACUGGCGUGACAUCAUAAGGUUGCGCCGCGCUAAGGUUCUGCUGACGAAAGAUAUACUGAAACGACUGAGAUCCUCGAGACAUUGAUAUAAAGAUGGAGUUUAUUAAAGAGGAGAGUGAAGACAUGAAGAUUGGAGAAGCUUUCACAGUCAAACAAGAAGAUCAUGAGGAACAAACCGAGAUGAUGUUUAUUAUAGAGGAGAGUGAAGACAUGAAGAUUAAAGAGGCUUUCACAGUCAAACAAGAAGAUCCUGAGGAACAAGCAGAGAUGACGUUUAUUGUAGAGCAGAGUGAAGAUGAAGUCAAACAUGAAGAUGAAGAACUAACAGACCCGAUGGCGCUGAAAGAGAAGAGUCAAGAACUGAAUGAAACUGAAGAAAAAAAUCAGACUGAGAAAUUUCAUGAUGUCAUGGCUGGGGAAAAAUCUUUUAGUUACUCUCAGACUCGUAAAAGAGAACCUAGAAAGCCUAAAGUCCAGAUGAUAGUUCACACUGAAGAGAGACCGUUCGCCUGUCAACACUGUGGAAGGAGUUUCAGUCGAGAACAAGGCCUUACAAUGCACUUGAAAACCCACAAACCUCCAACCUGCAAGCGGUGUGGGAAGAGUUUCAAAGCAAAAGUAAAUCUUAAGAGUCACAUGAGAGUUCACUUUGGUGAAAAGCUGUUCAUGUGCUUUCAGUGUGGAAAGAGUUUCAAUCAAGAAGCGAGUCUUAAAGGCCACAUGAGAAUUCACAAAGUAAAAGGCCCUUUUACCUGCCAACCGUGUGAAAAAUAUUUUAAACUAAAGGAAAACGUUGAUGUCCAUAUGAGAAUUCACACUGGAGUGAAGCCGUUCAAAUGCCCUCUCUGUGGAAAGAGUUUUACACUGAAAAAGAAUUUUACAGCCCACUUGAGAAUUCACACCAGAGACGAUCCUCACACCUGCAAAAUGUGUGGGAAGAUUUGCACAUCACAUGAUCAUCUAAUGUCUCACAUGAGGGUUCACACUAGAAAGAAGGAUAACAACUGCGGACUGUGUGGAAAGAGACUCCAAAAUAAAAGAAGCCUUAAGAAUCACAUGAUUAUUCACUCCAGAGAGAAAGGUUUUAGAUGUCAUGUGUGUCAAAUAAGUUUUGCUGACAGGGAUCAACUUAAGGAUCAUGUACAAAAUCACAUUGGGAACAGCUGUUACAUGUGCCAUCACUGUGUAAAAAGUUUCAAAACCAAGAAAUAUCUUCAGGCCCAUUUAAAACGUCACAUUGGAGAGAAGCCUUUCACAUGCGAACUGUGUGGAAAGAGAUUCACACAGAAAACAAGCCUUAAGAAUCACAUGAGUAUUCACUCGAGAGAGAAAUGUUUUAGAUGUCAUUCUGAAGAGAAGCUUUUCACCUGUCCUCAGUGUGACAUCAGUCUGAAACGUCACUUUGAAACUCAUUCUGGAAAUAAUUCCUUGUUUCCCAUGUGACAAAAGGUUUAGAAAUGAUGCACUCACUCUGGAGAAAGACAGUUCAUUUGUGAUUGGUGUAAUAAAAACAGCAAACAUAUCAAAUAUACUUACAAAUAUAUUAAAAGUCAUUUAAUUGUGA